UCCCCGCAUUGGCCAUUUUGACCUGGAGAAACAGACUAUACAACCCCUCAGUUUCGACUCUGGAACUCCUGUGGAAAAUCUCUACCAAGUUAAUUAUCGAAGCAGAUGCUGGCCGAUGUAUCGCUGCCGGGCCAGUGAUAUCUGCAAAGGAUGUCAAGCUGCUGCCACCGCUCUCAGCCCGGGAUGUUCUCGCUGUUGGCAAGAACUACAUGGAGCAUGCCAAGGAGUUCAACAGUUCAGGCUAUGACAGUUCUGACAAGGUUGAUCGGCCCAGUCACCCCGUCAUUUUCACCAAGCGUGCGACUUCCAUUACUGCGCACGGAGACGAUAUUUACAUUCACAAGGGCUUCACUGAAAGCGCAGAUUACGAAGGGGAGAUUGAUGUCAUCAUUGGGCGGGCUGGAUACCAAAUACACGAGAAUGAUGCUUGGGACUAUGUCUGGGGUUACACCAUAAUCAACGAUGUGACAGCCAGAGAGAGACAGCGCGACCAUAAGCGAUUUUACAUUGGUAAAUCGCCAGAUACUUUCUGUCCAAUGGGUCCGAUUGCUGUAAAAAAGGAGGAUUUGCCAGAUGGGGGUCGAUUUUUGAGAUUGCAAACCAGGGUCAACGGCGAGUUGCGCCAAGAUGCGACAAACCAAGAUCUGAUGUUUUCCAUUCCUUGCCUUGUCAGUACAUUGUCAGCUGGACAAACCCUGCAACCGGGCGACAUCAUUGCAACCGGCACAGAAUCGGUCGAAGCCCUCCGGUAUUCCUUAAAGUCGGUGACGAGGUCACAAUCACAGUGGCUGGGCUUGGAACUCUGGCGAACAAGGUUGCCGGGCAGAACGAGAGAGACUAUCCUAUGCCGCAGUCUGGACCUGGAUCAAUGUCAAACUUUCGACUCACAAAUGGGGAAAGAUCAAACCUCGGCCAAGCCAGCUUGAGCUCAAAGGACAAGCUUCUAGGAUACCAGCGUUUAGGUACGGGGAAGGAAGCUGUGAUCUUUGUCCAUGGCCUAGGCGGCGCCAAAGACUGUUGGCUCCCGCUCAUCUCGACACUGUUGCUUCCUA